AAAUAAAUCAAGCCACAGAAAAAACUAAAUAAUAAUACUCCGUAUACGGUAGCAUAUGCACGGUUCACCGCCGCUUUCUUCCUAAACUCGUUUCUCACCUCUCCGCCGCGCCACUCUCCCUGUCGAGCUCGCAGUUAGCAGUUGCCGCUACAAUGAAAUCCUGUCAGAAUAAAUACGAAACCCUAUCUAACGUCGAAGAAGAAGAAGAUGAUUCCAACAAAUGCACCAACUUCUACGAUAUCUAUGGUCCCCAAGCCAAAGCAGAUGUUGUUUUCAAGGAAAAUGAUAAUUCUAAUCUGAAUCUCGCUGACAUUCAAGGACUUGUAACUUGGGUGCUUGGCGAAGGAUUCAUGCCAUCAUGGGCUUUUAUCAAGAAUAAACCUCUUAUUCUCAAAGUGGUUAUGCUCUAUAUGCCAGGCCUGGAUGCAGCAUUGUACUUGUCACUGUCCAAAGCGCUUCCUAAUUUAAAAAAAUCAUGUGGCAAACCAAGACCAGUCCUUGCUCUCAGCUGUGUAUCAGAUAGUAUGCAAACAAUAGACGCACUCCUAACAUGCAAGCAGAAAAGAAAAAGGGAUCAAGAUGAUUCAACUACGACGAAAAAAUCUACUCUGACAUCUCAACAAGAAGAAGUCUGUGGUGGUACUGCCGGUCUAUCAUUUAAGGAGAUUACGAAAGAUAUACCUUUCCCUGUUGCAUACUAUACACUAACAGAGAAAGAUCUGGAAGAGAAUGAAUAUCCUGUUAAUAAGCCAGAUUUUCUAUCUACUCUUCCUGCUCCUCCGGGAUCUCCUUUUUAUGAGAUGGUAGCACUUGACUGUGAGAUGUGCAUAACAGGUGAGGGGUUUGAGCUGACAAGAGUUACUCUAGUGGAUGUCAAAGGACAGGUUUUGUUAGAUGAAUUGGUUAAACCUUCAAAUCAUAUCACUGAUUACAAUACAAGAUUUAGUGGAAUAACGGCCGAGAUGUUAGAUGGGGUGACGACAAGUCUGACACACAUUCAGGAAAAGUUCCGAAAACUGGUUUAUAAAGAAACUAUUCUUGUUGGGCAUUCUUUGGAAAAUGAUUUAUUAGCAUUGAAGAUAUCACAUGACUUAGUCAUUGACACAGCAGUAUUAUACAAACACCCACGAGGGUCUUCCCAUAAAUCCGCUCUACGGUUUCUUACUAAAAGAUUUCUUUCAAGGGAGAUACAACAAUCAGGGAAUGGGCAUGACAGCAUUGAAGAUGCUAGAGCUACCAUGGAAUUAGCACUAUUGAAGAUCAGAAAUGGGCCUGGCUUUGGUGCUCCUCCAUCCUUUAUGCGAAAAAAGCUUCUUUCAAUUUUGAGCGAGUCCGGCAAAACUUCUUCAAUGAUUGAUGAUAUAUCGAUUGUAAAACGAUUUGCCUCCGAGUCCUCUAAUGCAAUUCCAGUGACGUCUGAUGAAGACGCGCUUGCAAAAACCAUCAAGGAGUUGAAGAAUGAAAAGGUGCAUUUUAUCUGGACUCAAUUUUCAGAGUUACACACACACUUUAAGAAACAAGCCGAGGAUUCAGAUAGCUUGAACAAAAAACUCGCAGAGAUGAUUGCAUUACAUACAUGUGAGAAGAGUUCUUCAAAAGGGAAAGGCCUCAAGUCGAAUGUAUCUGCUGAACUGAAGGAAAUUCUUACACGCAUGGAUAAUAGAAUUCAUAAACUGUACAAGUCAUUACCAACAAAUGCUAUGUUGAUAGUUUGCACUGGUCAUGGUGACACGGCAGUUGUCCGCAGGUUGAGGAAAAUGCUUACGGAAGAGAGUGAACCUAAUUUUGGUCGUGAGAAGAUUGUGGAAAGCUUGGAAGAGUUUCAGGCUAGAGCUGAAGUAGCCUUGUGUUUUGUAGGUGUAAAACACUGAUUAUAGAAGAAUACAAAAUGAAGUUAAUUUUGUAACCUACGGCGAUUAGCCAUAGUUUUGAUUAAAAUGAACUUAAGUUAAUUUUUAUAACCUAUGGCGAUUAGCCAUAAUUUUGAUUGUUAAUGUUCUAAAUGUAAAUAUUUGUUAGCUCACAUGGCAAGAGUUCUAAAUGUGUCAAGACAGUAUCAGGAAAAUUUUGAAGAGAAGAGUCCCAAAAUGUUGUAUUUGAUUCUGCUUUUUGUUUCUAAAAUUACAAUUGUUCUUAAA